CGUGUAAGUAAAAUGGCCGCUCCGUCAAGCUGCUCCGGGCACUGUGGGCUUCAAAGAAGUCUAAAUAAACUCUUGACGAAUCCGUCUGGGUCUCCCAGAGUCAAAACCCAAGCAGAGCCGCUAUAUUUUAUUUCUCUUGAGCGCUACGGAAGAGACCCGAAUUUCGCCGUGUAUUUCCCAGACAGUAUUUCUAUGGCGGACAGUCUGUAUGAUGCUACUGUUACAGACGGAGACUGCAGAGUGAGAGUGUCUCUGGACCCCAGCCUGAACAGACUGAUUCACAGAAAUAAACUCUGCUGCGGAAGUGUGGUGAGAAAUGUUGUGUUCUCGGCAAGUAAUGAAGGUGAAGUGAACAGCAGGACAUUUCAUAUCCGUAGCCUGGAUGUGGACAGUUCAGGCAGGAGCGACGCUGCUCUCCUCUCCCUGUUCUCUGUUAAUGUGGACUCACUGCCGUGGGUGAUGACCGACGAGCCGAGCCUUGUCCCGCUUAGAGCCCGCAGGAGUACUUACCUCCCCCUGUGGAAUAAUCACGAUUUCAGUGGGGAGACAUGGAGGUACACACCUCCCUCUGAGACCGGCCUGGAGGACUCUGAGGAAGAGGAUGUUGUGGAAGAUGCACAGCCCGUAGUGUCUCUAGCAGAGCUCCGUCGUCGCUUCCUUAGUGGCUCUCUGCGUCGCAGAGGAGCUCUGUGUGUGCGGAUUCUGCACAAAUCCAGGUUGAUUUAUUAUGGGAAAGCAGAUCAGAGCUGUGAAUGUCCAUACAAGGCCGAGCUACAGGUUGGCGACGGCUCCAUGAGUGUGCGUGUGGUUCUGUGGAACAGUGUAUGCUUAGACUGGUACCGGUGUCUGCAGCCUGGUCACGUUUUAAGACUGAGUCGGUACAGAGUGAAGGACAGCUACAGCAGCCGCAGCGGAGAAGAUGCAGGACCGAAUAUUGAGAUCAGUCUAAACUCUAGGAAUCCUGCUGCUAAAGUUGCCAUCAUCGCAAAGCAGCAAGUUUCACCAGAGUGGGGCUUACCAGACCUGCCACAUAACUUCCUCAGCGGAAAUGAGCUACAAACUUCUCCUCCUGGCACCAUCUGUGAUGUUAUUGGUGUGGUUGUUUUUGUGGGGCGGCAAGAACGUAUCAGAAGUAAGGAUGGACGGAGGUCCGAAUUUGAAGAGUACCGCUGGCUCCAGUUGGAAGAUGGGACCACAGAUCAACCAGUCACCAUCAAGCUUUUUUCAACAUCACAGCCAGACAUCCAAAGCCGAAUCCAACCAAUGGCACUCAUUGUUUGUACUAGGCUCAAGCUAAUAAGGAAUACAGUUGGCAGUGCUACAACCAUUGACUAUCUGAGCAACACUUCAUUUACCCAGGUGUACUGCACAGGCACCAGCUCCCACUCUGCAAUGCCAUACAGAGGGAUCCGUCCAGUCAGACAAUUCCUGCAGUGGUUGAAACAAGUGGAUGAGGCCAACAUGCUGGAGAGGGCUGUAAUGGGAGGAUACUUCAGUUAUCCUCCCCUGCCUGUUUCUCUACAAGGCUUUAUGGAAAGCAGACACGGUGAGGCAGGUCUGAUCAGUGGAGGAGAAAUGAAGCUCCAGUGUGACAGGCUACACUACAGAGAGAGAAAACGCUUCGUUGUUCAGUGCACCAUCACGGCAGCGUCUUACCACAGCAGACGGGAAAUGGGGAGGAUGCAGAAUACAGACACACUAACAGCUCAAAUUAGUCCUAGAGUGGCAAGACAAAGAGAAGGGUCCGACCCUUUUAGAACUCCAACAAAGAGGAAAUUGCUAUUUACCACUGGCGCUUCCAGCAGCACCCCCAGGAAGAGGUUGGCACCACCUUUUCAACAAUCAUCAACAGAAGAGGAUACAGAGAAUGAUUUCUCUCUGUUUGAUGGUGCUAUGGAAUUUCUGGUUGGAGACAACGAGGAUGAAGAAGACGAUGAUGAAGAUUUCUUCACAUCACCCAGUAGCCCUAUGCAGUUCCACCUUGGUAUGGUUCAUGUUGCCCCUGAGACAUUACCGAGGCACUUCUGUUAUGAACGACGACACGUCCAAGCAGCGGUUGUGGGGUUGCAGCCCAGCAGUUUCCACAAAGUCCUCCCACACAGAGAGCUGGAAUCCUUUAGCCCUGCCCAGUGUUACACUGGUUACUUCACCUUAACAGUGAGAGUUCUGUCAGAUGGAGUGAUGCUGGAUGUCAUCUUUUUCCCUGCCACUCCUGGGAAUUUGCACUGGAAGCCCCUCCCCCUGACACAUGACAACACAUGGGAGUCCGUCCUUUCACAUGGUGGCUUCUCUUCACAUGCUCCACCUCCAAGCCCAGCUGAUCUGAUUGCCACUGCAGCACGGCUGACGAAUCAGAGGAUGGUGUGUGUGCUGGAGGCAUGUGCGCUAGGUGGAGACACAGUAGAGCUCAUCCUAAACCGUGCUUUUCCUCUGAGGAACUGAUUGUACACAAAUUUAAAGCUGAGAUCCUCAUAAGCUAAAGGUCAGCUGAAGACCUUUGUAGAAUUUAAGCACAGAGGCAAUGUGUCACACUCCAAUUUCUUGGACAUUUUUGGUUUUGUAAAAGAAUGUACAAAAUUUUUAUUUUUAUUCCUGAACAAUACCCUUUUCACAUACAAAGGUGUUGACUAUUCUCAAAUCCAACAGGUUCAUUAAAAGUAUUUAUUUAUAUAAAUGUAGAUAAAAUACAUUUGAUUCAUGAUUCUGUUUUCUAUUUCUGGAUAAGCAUUAAUGAAAGAUAAGUAUUAAUCUGCCAUUUUUCACACACCUUGCUGUGUACUGACUAACAGUAAUAUUGCUAGUAUAUCUGUUGAGUACAGAAAUAGCCUUAGGUGUUAUUGAACUAUUCCUAAGAAAUUCUGUUUCUCCAUUUUAUGUCAAUUAUUUAUAUCUUCACUAAAGGAUGUGUAUUAAGCCCCCUGGACAAAAAAAAAAAUAGUCAUAUUUAUCAUUUCUUUACUAAAACCAGUCCAGUCAAUGGAACAUGAGAGCAGUUAGUAUUGUUUUGCUUGGACAUGAAGCACAAAAGGCAACCUCAGAGUCAUGCCAUGAUAUUGUAGUAUACGCUGCUCAUAUUGGUGGAUGUUACUACAUUUUUUUGUUCAGGGGGUUAAUGUUUGACUUCAUAGCACCUUAAUAACAGCAGUCAGGAUUAUUCCUGCAGAUUGUUUAAUACAUUUUUACUCUCUUUGAUUAAAUCAAUGUGUAAUCAA